GGAGCAGGAGAGGGGUUGGCUGGAUUGUGAUAGCGACAGAUGUCUAGAAAACGGUGAGGGGGCACUCCUCAGUUACAACACAGUCCCAAGCUGCACCUCGGAGAGCAGGGGAGGAAUCUGCAGCUGUCACUCCUAAGGUUUACCUCCAUUAUCACAUCCACCCGGAGCCUGGAAAAGAAGACCAAGUGAUCACUCUCUAAAAAUACAGGAGACACCAUGGGAGGCAAACUAAGCAAGAAGAGGAAGGGAUAUGAUGUGAGCGAUCCCAAUAAGGCAAAGGAUGAGAUUGCAGCAACAGUUACUGCAGCAGUCGAGGCUGUAGCCCCAGCAAUAGCUGAUGUGACAGCUGAGGCAACCAUUGUGGUGAAGGAAGCUGUGGUGUCAGCUGUGGCCGCAGUGACUGAAGCUUUAGAAGCUCCAGAAGAGCCCAAAUCAGCUCCUCCAGAGGACCCAGCUCCUGCUGCUCCAGUAGCAGAAGAACCUGCAGCUACGGUAAAGGAACCCGUUCUUGUAGUAGAGGAACCAGCUGCAGUAGUAGAAGAACCAGCUGCAGUAGUAGAAGAACCUGCUGUAGUAGUAGAGGAACCAGCUGUAGUAGUAGAGGAACCAGCUGUGGUAGAACCGGCUGCAGUUGUUGAAGAACCAGCAGCAGUAGAACCAGCUGCAGUUGUUGAAGAACCAGCUGCAGUAGUAGAAGAACCAGCUGCAGUAGAACCAGCUGCAGUAGUAGUAGAACCAGCUGCAGCAGUAGAAGAACCAGCUGCAGCAGAACCAGCUGCAGUUGUUGAAGAACCAGCUGCAGUAGUAGAGGAACCAGCUGCAGUAGUAGAAGAACCAGCUGCAGUUGUUGAAGAACCAGCAGCAGUAGUUGAAGAACCAGCUGCAGUAGUAGAGGAACCAGCUGCAGUUGUUGAAGAACCAGCAGCAGUAGUUGAAGAACCAGCUGCAGUAGUAGAGGAACCAGCUGCAGUUGUUGAAGAACCAGCAGCAGUAGAACCAGCUGCAGCAGCAGAGGAGUCAGCCCCAGUAGUAGAGGACCAAGCUCCAGUAGAGCUCCCAGCUCCAGCACCUGUAGAAGAACCUGCUGCAGCUGUAGUAUCUGUGCCAGAGGCAGAGGUUGUUCCUGUCAUCACAGAGGAAGCGCCCAUCCCAGAGACUGUUACUGAGCCAGAAGCUGCUGUGAAGGAAGCAGUGGUACCUGCAGCUGUCCCUGAGCCUGAGCCAGUGGCCGAGGCUGCUGCAGUGCUAGAGCAAGCCCCAGAACCUGAGCCGGAGACCAAACCAGAGCCAGCACCAGAGCUGGAACAAUUACCAGAGCAGGUGGUCGAAGCUGUGAAAUCUGCAGCAGAGGAAAAAGUUGAAGAAGUUGAGCCAGAACCAAUGGUUGCCACAUCUGACACUACUGAACUUGGGACUGUAGAAGCAGAAGCACCUACAGUCUUGGAGACUGCACCAGAACAGGAAUAUGUUGCAGCUGAGCCCGCAGCAGCAGAACCUGUCCCUGAGAUUGUCAUCUCAGAGUCCGUCUCUGCCAACCAACUUACUACUGAGUCCGAAGAGGUAGCUGAAGCCUCGGUGGAAGAGUUGCCUUGCCCAGAGCCUGAGGUAGAAAGCAAGAUGGAAAAUGGAGAUAUAGAGAGCCCUUCUGUUACAGAUGUUGUGGCAGAAGUAGAUGCCCUUCCAACUGUGAAUGGAGAGUGCACAAAUUAUGCGGCGACACCGACAGAGGAAUGUGUUAAUGGUAAUGAAAAGCCAGAGGAGACACAGAUCAAGGAGCAGAGUGACUUUGAACUGAAAAAGGAGGUGAAGCUGAGCGGGGAUGUCCAGGAAGUUCUCGACGCAGUGUCCGGCAUGGCAGAGGGUCUCUGCACUGAGGUCACCCAGGCAGUCUGAAAAAGAGGCCAUCUUUUAAAUCAAUGUGAAUUCAGUUUAAUCCUCCCGAGAAAGCCAUUAAGGUAUCAAAAACACAGCUAGGCUUUCUGGAUUGCUGUAACCACCGCAAUUUCAAUAGUGGUAACUCAGGCAAAAAGGAUGUUUUCUUUUGAGUAACCAAAAUGAAUGCAACAACUUGAGAACAGAAAGAGACAGAGAGAGAGAGAGAGAGAGAGAGAGAGAGAGAGCGGAAGAGAAAUUGGAGGGUAGACAGGAGACUUGAGUUUGGAAUAGAGAUGAGUGAAGACAGUGUGAAACUGGACAGCAGAGCAAAAAUACUGGACAGUAAAUAUGAUACUAAUGAAUGGAAUGAAUAAAUUGUGUUUGUGUGUGAGCUCGAUUAAUAUUACAAAGUGGUUUAUUGGAACAGCAUUCGUUAUUAGUACAUUAUCUGAUCUGAUUUAGAAUGUCAUAUAUCCUUUCUAUUACUAUAUGCAGAGACAUGACAUAACUGUUUUGGCCUUUUAUAAUAAUGGUACCUGUGAGGACUGUUCAUUUUAAAUUGAUUGUUCAGAAUAGAGAAUAAAAAGAGAUUGUUAUAGCCUACA